AUGUCAGUCAACGCUUACGCCUCACCCAUUGCUCUCGGCGACUCGAAACGCGCGAACCCAGACAAACACUCCUUCUUGGAGCUACCAGGCGAAAUCCGCAAUCAGAUCUACGAUUACGUUGUCAAAUGUCCGACACCGCUUGAAGUAAAAUACUACGGAAUAGAGCCUUGGACUUGCGAUCUGGGUCUAUGUUUCAACGGCCAGUCACGCAUCCCGAUCAAUCUCUUCCUCUCCUGUCGAAAGAUAUACCAUGAGGCCGCUUCAUCUUUCUACGCCAACAAUACAUUUACCUUGAAACCGGAUAUCAGACGUUCAACAUGCCACUCCUACGCUGAGAUAUCUAGCACCUUCAUCACUCGCUUAGGCACUCAAGCUCAGUGGCUCGCCAAGAUAGAACUUGAUGUGCGCUCCCUAGCAGAUUACCGAUAUCACAGAAUUGACGAGGGGCUUGGCUUCGUAUUCAACGAUUUGACCGAGCUUUUCGAUGUUACUACUCUCCUUCGCGCUAUCUGGAGUCGAGACUCGCCGGUGCUUGUUUCUUUCACCAGGUCGCCAGAUUCCAGUACUUUUGAGUGUGACGCUACGGCCGUGACUGCUAUCUUCCAAUCUAUCUGCCAGGGCCAACUUGGACUUCGUCAUUAUGGACAGCAGCUGCGCGCGGUUGCGCUGAAGCGAGAUGGAUCUGGCGGGAUACUCAACUGGGGGACUACUCCAGCUACCGCUAAAUCAUACCAAUGCCCAGGUCGUUUCCAAGCGAACCCUGAUUACCUGACAGACUUCACCGCUGAAGACAACGGUUCUCGGCUCAAGCUUAUCUCGCAACGUAGCGAACCCUUAACUUUGCUCACCCUCCCUGAUUCUAUCCAGGACCGCAUCUUCAGCAUAGUCGUACACCCCAUCCAGGGAACAAGCAUCGAUCUUGACAAUGAUACGAAUUUCGACUGCGGACUCAUCCACGUCAACAGACACUUCUACCGCACUUGGCGCGACAAGUUUCUCUUCGAGAACACGUUCAUGUUGACCAUGAGCACAAAGCAGAUACAAACCACAUUCGACGACUUCAACCAUCUCCGGACCUUCCUCCGCAAGACCUACAUGCCCAAGUCGACCUACUCAAAUGGAGAGCCAGACACCAUUACCGCGAGGAUCGUCACUCGGGAUAAGGCGCAUCCACAGCCCGGUCCGUCGUACGUUCUGAGAUUUGAGAUGGACAGGGAAGUCUCGCUGGCCGAUGUGCGUAUUAAUGCGUUACCACUCGUAAUGGAGACGUCGACUACGCAAGCAUCAAACACAGUCACGAUCCAAAUUUGGACGACGCCUGGCACUGAGGGACCAGCAACCAUGACUGCAUCUCAUACCAUGACACUCCACCAGCUGCGACUCAAAAUCGUCUUAGCGAUUAUGCGCCAUGUGUAUUCCAUCCCAACGUUCCACCGAGACGAACUCCCAGAUUUCUGGAUCAACGGCUUCGGAGACGUCGUUCCGACUCCUCCUUUUACUACUACCACUACCACUACCACUAAUACCCGUGUACCAUGCAACCCCACCGGACCAUGGCACCCAGCCUCCACACUCAUAUACAACGCCGACUGGGACGAAGACAACUAUUCCAUCUCAGAGCUCCAUCCCAUCGACUACGUCUACCGCAACAACGGCUGGGGAUUCCAUUCACAAUGUGUGUAUCCGGAUAGUAUACAUUGGCAACUUUUUCCGUUUUGCAGGCGGACGAAGGAGGUGCUGCCGUAUCUUGUGCGGUGUCUGGAUGAGGCGGGGUUGCCCGAUGACGAUGACGAUGACGGGAUUUUUGGACAGUAA